UGUGGACAUUUUUUUUUACUAAAAUCAAAAUGAGCGCACAUAAGUCACAGUGUUGAAACGUUGUAGCUAUCGUGUACUACUUUUAAGAUUUUGUGCUUUACUUCUGAAAUCAAAAGUUUUCAUAAUGAAAUUUAUCAAUUUCUUUGUAAUAAUUUUUGUAUUUUUAUCUUCGAAUGUACAAAAAGGUCUUGGUGAGGACAUAAAAGCUGAAAGCUUAAAACAAGGUGACUAUGUUGGUGUCAAAGAAUACCCAUCCACGGUAAAAUUUGGUUGGGUUGUAACAGAUGGCGUAUCUCCGUUUACAGGCCUAAAAAUUUUGAAAGUGUAUAAGCUCGCCGAUAGCGACUACCGAGCCAAUGUUGAGUGUAUUUACGGAGGGAAAAUUCCGAAUUGGCUAUAUGCACUGGGUCGACUUAACGAAAGGCCGCAUACACCACGCAGAUAUAGUAAAGCUGGAAAUUUAAUCAAAGGUGACUUCAUUGGUGUUGUAUUUUGCGCCGGCACGAUAAGAUAUGGAUUCGUUGAAACAAAAUUUGUAUCUCCGUUUCCAGAGAAAAAAAUUAUUGAAGUGUACUCCUCUGUCGGUAAUGACUACAAAGCCAAUGUUGAGAAGUAUUAUGGAGAAAUAGUUCCGGAUUAUGUACAAAUAAUUAUUAAUAAUAAAUGAUAUUAAUUGCACAUGCUCUACACCAACAAAGCGUCUGUGAAGUACGCAAAAUUUAAUCAUUUUCAUAGGUAUACAUUUAAACUUAAUCUAUAUAAAGGCUAGCCCAUAAAUUAUUGUUACAUUUGUAUUGUGUCUACGUAGAAUAAUGUGCAUGUACCUAUAUGCUGUCAAUAAGUAAACAUUUUAUUUAGUUAUUAUAUACAAGUCCUUUAUUUUAUGUUAUUUUUGUAAACAUGAAUGACAAUACAUUUA